AAGUUGUGAUUGCUGGUAAAGUUUUUAAUGUUUAUAUAUAGUUGGCGAAUGAUGAGUGAGGUCGUUGUAGACUGUAGUGUAUAAUGUAAAAUGUUUAUAUUCUAUAAGUCACACACACACACAUACGUCGAUUUUAUGUUUAUUUAAAUACAACUACAACUGUACUCAUAGCUUCCUUUGUUUUAUGACUACUACCGCUAUUAACGGGUGUUAAUAGUUAUAGUGACGGUCGACGGGUGACCACUGACCAGUGAGUACCGAACUAUCGUAACACUGAAACGUCUAAAACUAAUUUCAUCGGAUCUCACCCACGUCUCACGACAAUAAUUAUUGCGGAUAAAACUUUUUUGACAUUAUAUGAUCAAGAAUUUAAUAACAUGUCUAAGUCUGGUUCUGUAUUAUUAUUACGUUUCGUGAACGUUGUUAAUCUCCAGACAUUCGGGGCGUGUGCCAUUAAAUUGUCCACGGCCAUACACAAAGAAUAAAUUUGAUUUCACAACUGUAAACAAAAGAAACGAUAAUAAAAAUAUAUUUUUCCUAACAAGUCUCACGUGUCGUUUUAUUGCUUCUGGUAUGCAAUACGACAGUCACCUCUCAUCAUUGCUUGACUAGUGUGGAUCAAACGCCCGUGUUGUAAACAUGCCCGUGGCAAUGAAUCGAAGACGUGUGAGCAAUUUCACAUAUGUCAGUCCAUGCGUCAAAUACAUGAUAUUUUUGCUGAACUUUCUGUUUUGGUUAUUUGGUGGAUUGUUGGUGGCAGCCGGUACAUUUGCAUUUUAUGAAAAAUGGAAUACCAUGGGUUCUAUCAAGUUGAAUACAUUCUCAGACGUAAUACUUAAUAUCUCGCUAGUUCUGAUUAUAGCUGGACAAAUUAUAUUCAUUGUUAGCUUUGCUGGAUGUAUUGGUGCUCUACGUGAAAAUACAACACUUCUUAAAUUUUUACCUUUCAAAAAUAUUGCUGCCCAGAUUGCAAAUGUUUUUGUCAGCAAUCUAAAAGUUGUACAGUCACCAAAUUUCAGUACAAAAAAUAUUGAUAAAUUUAAGAAAUCAAAACCCAAUUAUAAUGAUACGAUUAUUUUUAAACAACUUGAUUGUUAUGAUGAAUUACUUAAUAUCCAAAACAAAUCUCCAUUGUAUACUAACAGUUUAAAACCAAUGACUGACAGCCAACUGAAUUUUUAUGAAAAAUAUGUUGUUAUUGAUAGAGAUAAAAUAUUUAAUCUAAUGUAUAGUACUAUAGAACAAGCAAACAAUAGUGCUUGGAGAUUACAUAGGCAAACAAGACUCUCAGCAAGUUCUAAAGCUCAUCAAAUAAGUACUAGACGUAAUAGGAACGAGGAAUUAGCUGAACGUUUUGUAAAAGACAAAAAAAUUGUAGGAAAAGGUUUAAAAUAUGUGGAAUAUGGAAUUAGAAUGGAAGAUUUUGCUAUUAAAAAGUAUUCACUCAUACAUAAUGUUAAUGUUAUGAAGUGUGGUCUGGUAAUACAUCAAAAACAACCUUGGAUUUGUGCAAGUCCAGAUGGUUUAGUCAUUCAUAACAAUAUUGUAACAAAGUUAUUGGAGGUAAAGUGUCCAUACACUUGUAAAGAUACCUUAUUGAUUGAUGAAGAUAAUGGAAACCUUAGAAUUCCAUAUUUAAAAUACAACAAAGAAAAAAAUACUAUUGAUUUAAAACAAAAUCACAACUAUUUUACACAAUGUCAAAUUCAAAUGUAUUGUACUGGGAUGGAGGAAUGUGAUUUAUUUGUUUGCACAAAAUCUGAUUGCAUAACUGUUUCUGUUAAGAGAGACGAUUUAUUUCUUGAAAAAUUAGUCAGAAAAAUGGAAUUUUUUUAUUUUAAUUACUACCUUCCUGAAUUAACUAAAGUUAAUUCGUAAUUUUUAACUUAUUUUUUAA